CUCCUAACUGCACGUUGAAAAAGAACGUCAUCUGCCUCAUACAUUUAGCUUUAGCCAAAAUUAGCUAGCCGUUCAAAUCAUAGACACAUCUUGCCGAAACGAGUGUUUUAUUUCCAUUUCAACCAACAGCCUACGUAGCAAUUAAUUAUUAGAGGUUCCCCGUGUUUACUGUGCCAAACAUGUAUAUCAAAGCCUUGUUCCGAUGCAGAGACAUGCUGAAAGCAGAACUGAUCGUGUGAUAUGCUGGCUAGCUUAAUCAAAGCUAGCUGACGAGCCGGGGGCCGAGAAGCGAAAGUCGCUAACCUUAACGAGCGAUGAGCCUUUGAUAAGAAGGCCGGGUAAACAUACGCGCCACUGAAGCCACGGCAACAAGAAGGACUGGUAGAUAGUUAUUCCCCCACGAAGGCACAGCCAUGGGCGCGUUCCUGGACAAGCCCAGGACCGAGAAGCACAACCUGCACGCCGAGGGCAACGGCGUGCGCUACGGCCUGAGCUCCAUGCAGGGCUGGCGGGUGGAGAUGGAGGACGCUCACACGGCGGUGCUGGGACUCCCGGCGCCCGGUAUGGCCGACUGGUCUUUCUUCGCCGUGUACGACGGUCACGCCGGCUCCAGGGUCGCCAACUACUGCGCCAAGCACCUCCUGGAACACAUAAUGGGUGCCAGCCUGGGCCAGGCCGGGCCCGACGCCCCCGCCAGUGACUCUGCGGCGCCGGCGGCUCCCACGGUGGAGACGGUGAAGGCCGGGAUCCGGACGGGCUUCCUGAAGAUCGACGAGCACAUGCGCAGCUUCUCCGACCUGCGCAACGGCAUGGACCGCAGCGGCUCCACGGCGGUGGGCAUCCUCCUGUCGCCCGAACACUUCUUCUUCAUCAACUGCGGCGACUCUCGGGCCGUCCUGUACCGCAACUCGCACGUGGGCUUCUCCACGCUCGACCACAAGCCCUGCAACCCGCGGGAGCGCGAGCGCAUCCAGAACGCCGGCGGCUCGGUGAUGAUCCAGCGGGUCAACGGGUCGCUGGCCGUGUCCAGGGCCUUGGGGGACUUUGAUUACAAGUGCGUGGACGGCAAGGGUCCCACGGAGCAGCUGGUCAGCCCGGAGCCAGAAGUGUUUGAGGUGGUGCGGGCCCCCGAACACGAUCAGUUCGUGGUCCUGGCGUGUGACGGCAUCUGGGACGUCAUGUCCAACGAGGAGCUGUGCGAGUUCGUGAAGUCUCGGCUGGAGGUGUCAGACGACCUGGAGACGGUCUGCAACGAGGUGGUGGACACCUGCCUGCACAAGGGGAGUCGGGAUAACAUGAGUGUUGUGUUAGUGUGUUUGCCCAACGGCCCCAAAGUGUCGGAGGAAGCUGUGAGGAAAGACGCUGAGCUCAACAAAUACCUGGAGUCUCGAGUUGAAGAGAUGCUGUCUCGGGCCGGGGAGGACGGCUUUCCCGACCUGGUAGCAGUGAUGAGGAACCUGUCCACCGACAUCGGCAUGCCCUCGUUGCCCCCAGGGGGGGGCCUGGCCAGCAAACGCAGUGUUAUUGAAGCAGUGUACAACCGCCUGAACCCGUACAGAGAGGAAGAUGGGCCCUCCUGUUUCAUUUGAGCGCCGCCGAGUUGGAGUACCACUGGUAGCUGUCCAGCACAACUGCCUGAUCCCAAAAGAACAGGACCACUUUUCCACACAAGAUCACAUUCAUAGUCACUUUUUUUUAGUUUCCUCUGGGGGUGUUUUUUUGUAAUUUUUAAUUUUUAUUCCCCACACCGAGAUCAAUCAAAGCAGUAAUCCUGGUUCUUUUUACACAGUAUGUGCUUCAGAGGGGCAAACCAGCACAGUUUCUCUUUCUCUUGCUUUGUUUGUGGUUGUUUUUGUCGUGGAGGGAGGGAGGG